UCGUUCAGUAACAGUGACGCCUUCGGAUCUCUCCAACUUGCCUUAACAAAGAAAACUCGCACGAAAUUGGGAUUUAAAAAGGCAUCAGAGGGUGAGAGAAUAUCUGUCAUCUUCAGAUCCACGGCCAGCGCAUACACAAAUCGAGCACUUCUUCUCUGUGAAGGUUUUCAAUUCACUUCUCGAGCUUCUCAUCAGAUGAGGCUGUUGCAAUUGGCUUUCAUUGUCGCAUUAACCUCUGGAUUAGCAGCUAUUUACAUUUACGCCACCGGUGUCUCCGAUUUCUAUGGGCCGCACCAGGUUUCGGACGAAGAUCUGGAAGCGUUCCGAUCUUUGCAGAGAGGUUUUCAAAAGUGCGUGAGUUCAAAUGGACUAGGUUUACAAGCUGUAGGUGGUACAGACUUUUGUGAGAUCGUGCUACAGUUUCCUAGUAACACUGACUCCAAAUGGAGAGAUCCCAAAACAGGAGAACCAGAAGGCUUGUCAUUUAGUUACAAUCUUUGCGAAGCUUUGGCGACAUGGGAACAGGUACGGAAUAGUACCACAGUACUCACCAAGGAGUUUAUCGAUGCUUUACCCAAUGGAUGGGAGGACUAUGCAUGGCGGAGAAUUAACAAGGGAAUAAUGCUCAACCGCUGUGAAAAUAAGACUCUUUGCAUGGAGAAGCUUUCUCUGGUACUCCCAGAAAAACCGCCAUACUUUCCAAGGCAGUUUGGCCAGUGUGCUGUUGUUGGUAAUUCAGGAGAUCUUUUAAAGACGAAGUUUGGAAAGGAGAUAGAUGGUUAUAGUGCUGUUUUUAGGGAAAAUGGUGCACCAAUCCAGAACUAUACAGAUUAUGUGGGUUCAAAAAGUACUUUUCACCUUCUUAAUAGAGGAUCUGCCAAAGCACUCGACAAAGUUGCAGAAUUAUAUGGCACUGGGAAGGAGAUAUUGAUCAUCAAGACAACAAUUCAUGACAUCAUGAACAAAAUGAUCCGGGAAAUUCCGAUCCAGAAUCCCGUAUAUCUCAUGUUAGGUGCAUCUUUUGGUUCAGCAGCAAAAGGAACUGGGCUCAAGGCUCUUGAGUUUGCCCUGUCCAUUUGUGACACUGUCGACAUGUACGGUUUUACUGUUGAUCCCGGUUAUAAAGAAUGGACUAGGUACUUCUCAGAGUCUCGACAAGGUCAUACUCCUUUGCAGGGUAGGGCUUACUACCAGAUGAUGGAGUGUUUGGGACUUAUUAAGAUUCAUUCUCCAAUGCGAUCUGAUCCAAACCGCGUUGUUAAGUGGUUACCUGAUCGUGGUACUAUUGCAGCCGCCAGGAUUGCAUCAGAAAAAUUAUUAAGGAGGGUUGGAGCAGGAUCAGGGGGUCCACUGGGUGCGUGUUCCGUCAUCAAGAAGCUAGUUAAAGGAAAGCACAACGGAGUUUCAGGUCUUAGAAAGGCUGCAGUCGAGCAUCAAAAAUAUGUGAAGGAAACCACGAUGUACCCAUUGGAGCACGAUUAUAGACAUGGUCUACUCUGCACAACACCAACCAGUUGAACUCUUCAAAAUGGAUUUCAGGGGUAAGAUACAAAAGCUUUGGGAAAGAAACAGGCUGCCAGUUGAAUUGGUAUUCUUAUACUUCAGACAAACAGAAAUUUUUGUUCAGAAUUCUUAUGCAGAAUGAAGCGGCCUAAAGUAAGACACCCAUUAUUGUGGCACAUAGUAUAGAAGAGGCCAUGGCCACGUCAUUCUGAAUUAUAAAAUCUCUGUUUGCGAUUGCUGUCCAUAAGUUUUCUGCGUUCUCCCCAUAGUUCCUCGCUGCUCUGUCCACACGAGGUUUUCAUGAGUCUUAUACCAGACUUUGAUUACAAAUUAGGAAUUCCGGCAGUAAGAUUGCAUCUCUCUUUAUUUCAUUGUUAGCUGUUCUAACCAUAUUCAGGAGGUUGUUUUUCGAGUGAUGAUUAGUUGAUCGUUUCGGUACUUUGUUUUUGGGUCACUGUGAAAAUUUGUUUGUAGCGUACUCCUAUUUAAUGCUAAAUAGAUCUUGUGUUUUUAUGUGA